AUGGAGGGCGACAGCUCAGCAGUGUGUCGAAAAGGCACGGGCUUCGUGAGAACGGCAGAUCUGCCCGACGAUGAUGACGAUUCUGAGGCCGAUGACAAGAACGUGACUUUCUCCCCAGAAGUGGAUGGCCUUGGGGAGACAGACGGGGAACCAGUCUGUCGGAAAGGUACAGGUUUCGUCAGAACAGCCGACAUCCCAGAUGACGAUGAUGAUUCUGAGGCUGGAAAGAACGUGACAUUUUCGCCUGAUGUCGAUGGGGGAGACCCAGCAGAGCGCGAAGAAGCAGAAUCUCCCGUCUGUCGGAAAGGCACAGGCUUCGUGAAGAUGACAGACUUGCCGGAUGACGAUGAGGAUUCAGAGGAAGAUCGCGCUGUUCAUUUCUCGCCG